GUCAAAAGGGUAAGUAAUUGAUGUCGAUACUGCAACCUAACACGAUGUUCGCUACAAACAUGGGACGUGAAGCAGUUCUUCGUUUACACUCUCCUAUUCAUUUUUCGUUGUGCAGACGGUGUAUGGCAUACUUCUCCAAUGAAGAACCUUCUCCCACCAUCACUGUCCCACAGCCUUUGGUGAAGAAGAUCCAGAAAGCUCUGAUUAGAAAGGAAGUAGAGCGGAUUGAAAAAAUGAACGAAAAACUUAGGCCUAAGGGUCCACUGAUCAUCAAGUGCAAGAGAAAAGCCUACAAUCACUACACUGGGGAGGCAUUCUCAAAGUUUAAACCAGAACUGUUGGCUUCACAUGGAUGGAAGCAUCACAAGUCUGUGGGUGACUAUUUUGUCAUAAAUGGAAAAAGACCAAACCCUGCACUCCAAAGUGGCUUAAAAUUUGAAGACUUUGGUCUCCAUGAAGCAAUUACGAAAAGUUUGCAUAGCAUGAACAUAAAGGAGCCCACCCACAUACAGGCUCUAACAAUCCCAGAGAUGCUAAACAAUAACAACGUGAUAUGUGCUGCAGAAACAGGGAGUGGGAAGACUCUUGCGUAUCUGCUACCCAUCCUUCACAUGCUGAAAAUUAAUCCAUUUGAUGGGCUCGACCAACGCCCAAACUGUCCACGAAGUGUAAUAGUUGUUCCAGCAAGAGAGCUGGUGGAUCAGGUUUAUUAUGUUGCACGUAGAAUAAUGGAUAAUUUACAUCUCUCGGUGCUUGCUUUGAGUGGUGGACAUAAAGCAAAGUUUUUCGAAAAAAAGGAAAAAGUAGAUAUGGUGGUAGGCACUCCUGGAACAUUAAUUUCAGCCAUGAAAGAAGGUCAUUUUGAUUUGAGUGCAGCGGAGCACUUGGUUCUGGAUGAAGGUGACACUCUACUGGAUGAUAGUUUCGCUACAUUUGUCAGUCGCUUGUUCAAAAAUAUACAGGUUGGUCAGAGUGCCAGUGGUAUGCUGGGGGCUGCACAGUUGGCCAUAGUGGGAGCCACACUGCCCCGGGGACUGGAUACAGUGUUAGAGGACAUAGCUCCAAUUGAAAGUUUUACCAAAGUGACUACAAAGCACUUGCACAAAUUGAUGCCUCAUGUGCCACAGAAGUUUGUCAGACUUACACCCAAAAAGCAAGGAGAAUACAUGCUGAAACUAGCCAGAGAGUUGCAGAGGAAAGAAGUUCCUGUAAUGGUGUUCUGUAAUAGCGUCAAGACAUGCUACUGGCUGUCCAGGUUCCUCAAGGAGAAUGGGGUGGAGUGCAUGGAGUUGCAUAAACAAUUGGACAGAAAGGAAAGGGCAGGAAGAUUUCAAAGAUUUCGUAGAAGAGAAUUCAACAUCCUUAUCUGCUCUGAUAUUGCCUCAAGGGGACUGGAUACCACGUGGGUUCAGCAUAUAGUAAAUUUUGACUUCCCGCGCUUCAUGUCGGACUAUAUCCACCGUGUUGGGAGGGUGGGGCGAGUGGGCAGUGAACAGCCUGGCUUUGUCACCAGUCUGGUCAUCCAUAAUUGGGACGUGGAGCUGUUGUGGCAGAUUGAGACGGCGGUGCGUCAGAUGGAACAGUUUCACAACGUGAAUGCAAACAUCAAGCGCAAACUCCAGGGGCGGCAUGCAAGGAAAAAGGAGAUAGAGGAGGCCAUGGCGGGGAGAUAAAACACCUGUAAAAUUGUUACAGAGGAAUUUUUUUAUUUUAAAAUUAAAAGAUUAUUCUAAUCCAAGUGUAAAAAUAAAUACUGUGUGCUAUCCAGAAACAAUCCGUCAACAAUUUGGUGUUCCUCUCGUUAUAAGUUACCGGUGUGUGACGGUCAUGACUGCAACAGCAUUGUCUACGCUUCACCCCUGUCGUACGUUCUGCAGAUUUAAAGCUACUGUGCUAUUUAAUAAACGAAUUAGUUAAUCAGGAGGUGUGUUUGUGGUUUGGUGUAAUGUGAAAAUUGUCAUUUAUAGAAAGUUAAAUGCGUUAUUGUGGUGUCAUUGACAUUCUUAUGGUGGUUACUGACCAUCUCUGUCGAGUUUCUAACUUGAAAUAAAGAAAUGCCAGUGCAUGGCUUAUGACAUGGGAA